AUGGCUACUCCUCCGGGUCCUGCCUCGCCAUCUCUGAAUAUUCUUCCUUCGAACCAGAGUACUGUUAACCAUUCUCGUUCGCCGUCUUUUUCAUCACCUGCCCUGACCGCUUCACAACCGCCUUCCCAGGAGCUGGGCGUUGGAGGGCCUGGACCGAUAAGACAUCCUCGUCCGUUGACCGCUGCCGAACUUCACCUCGAGCUUGAAAAGGAACAGGAAGCUGUUGUAAAUCGCUUAUCUCGCGAGCUGUCACUUCUUCGAGCUGCCCAGAACGCCUCGGUCGUGUCCAACACUUCAUCCACCUCCGCUGCAAACUCAUCCCAUGAUGUAGCCGAACAAUCUCGCCUAUCAGGUGCAGGCUUCUCCAUUCCCACCGCUCGACACCACCGAACGUCAUCGACCACGUCUCAGGGCAUUGCCAGCCAGCAGCUGUCAUCGUCCUACGAAGCACGGAUCCACGCUCCUCGCCCCUCACAUGCUACCCCUCUCUCGCGGCAGGAUAGUACCGCCUCUCGGAGGAGCCUGACAAAUUCUCCCGGACCGCAACACAGCAGCAGUCUCGAUCCGUCCAAUUACUUUCAACAACAGCGACUCCCGCCUACGUCGAUCCCACCGAGUUCCGUUGGUGCAAUACCCGGAAGCCUCAGCGAGCAACUGAGUCCCGGACUUAUGCCAGCUACCAUGCGAUACGAGGAGACGGCAUUUUACAGAGGCGAGCUCGAGACUGCCAAGAAGGAGAAUGAUGCUUUGAAGCGAAAGAUCAGGGAGUUGGAGAGACAGGUUCGUCAACGAAGGGCUAGUGAUACAAGUCGACCAAGGAGCGAUAGUGUCAGUACCACCACCAGCAUGAGCGUGACUCCCGCUGGGGGAGCGAGCAUAGCAGGACCACGAGAAGGACUACUUAUUCGACCUGGUGGUGAUCGGGAACGAGGCAUGACAACACAGAGUAUCGCCAGUGUAGCUAGUGUUGGCGUUGGCGUGCCCGAGGAAGAAGUCAAGGUUGGUGAGAGUGCUGCUAGUGCUGGCGUCGCACAUAAUACGCAAUAG